GCUUCCGGCCGGCCCGGGGAUGGCGCGGUGCUAAAAGGCGCGGGGCGCGCGGCGGCGCGCGCGGGCCUCCUAGAGCCAUGUACAGGAAACACCUCCAGGAGAUCCCAUCCUCCAGCACUAAUGUUUCCACCAGCUUGGACUGGGACUCCAGCAAGACCCCGGAGUUCCUGUCGAGCAUGGGAGUGUCCGUCCUUAAGAAAGACAAGCUGGGCAACGAAAACAUGCCGCAAGACCUGCUGGUGUCAUCAGGCUGUCCUGCUCCAAAACGGCAGAAGGGGUUUGUUAUUGUGCGCCGGCCGUGGCUGCUCCGAGAGGCAGAGCCAGGUGUUUCUCUGGAUGCGCUUCCAGAUGAAUUACUUUUGGCAAUCUUUGCAUAUUUGCCCCUAAAGGACUUGCUAAAAGUUUCAGUGAUUUGCAAGAGAUGGCAUCGUCUUUCGUUCGAUGAAUCUCUCUGGCAGACUCUUGAUCUGACUGGUGGGAAUCUCCUGCCAGGAGUGCUUGGACACUUGCUGCCCGCAGGUGUUACUGUAUUCCGCUGCCCAAGAGCCUGUAUUGGAAAUCCAUUGUUUAAAACAACCGAACUUCUCAGACUUCAGUACCUGGAUUUGUCAAACUGCACAAUGUCUGUUGCAGAUCUCCAGAGUAUUCUUUGUCUGUGUGAAAGACUGCAGAACCUCAGCUUGGAGGGACUAGUGCUUUCUGACAACAUCAUCAAGAGCAUUGCUAGGAAUCCCAAUUUGAUACGACUAAACCUUUGUGGGUGCUCAGGGUUCUCUGCAGAAGCCUUGGAGAUGAUGUUGAGCAGCUGCUCUGUGCUGGAGGAGCUGAACUUGUCCUGGUGUGCCUUCACAGCCACACAUGUCAAAGCAGCAGUCAGUCAUGUUACUUCAGAAGUCACCCAAUUAAAUUUAAGUGGAUACAGAGAGAAUCUACAAAUAGCAGAUGUGAAAACACUGGUGGAAAGAUGUCCUUUUCUUGUCCAUUUAGAUCUCAGUGACAGCAUGAUGUUAAAGCCUGAGUGCUUCCAGUAUUUUCGGCAACUCAUGUUCCUCCAACAUCUUUGUCUUAGUCGAUGUUAUCAGAUAUCACCUGCUGCCUUGUUAGAACUUGGUGAAAUUCAAACGUUGAAGACUCUUCAGGUGUUUGGGAUAGUGACUGACAGCUCCCUGCAGCUCCUAGAGGAGGCACUGCCUGCAGUGAAGAUCAAUCGUUCACACUUUACACCCAUUGCAAGGCCAACUGUUGGCAGCAAAAAGGACCAUGAGAUUUGGGGAAUCAAAUGCAGAUUGACACUGAGAAAUCCUAGUUUCUUAUGAUAUGUACAGUGCACUGGAUGCAAUGGACACACUGUGCAUUGAAGCUCCUUAAGAAACAAAGUGCUGGAGCACCUUUAAUCAUAGUACUGUCAUUGUAAAAAGCAUUCUAAUUUGGUCUUACACCUUAAUGAUGUUUCAUAGUAUUUUUUAGCAUUGUUUGUACUUCAAGCCUUUAGAGAUCUGAUGAUCUGUGAGCAAUUGUAGAAUUUUUCAGGCUUUUUUUUUCUUUAUACAGGGGAUCUUUGAAAAACUUCCAGUUAACUCCUGGAAGUUAAUUCCUCUUAGUUAACCUUUGCAAGCUGUUCCUUAACUCCUGGAACAGCUUGCAGAGGUGCUAGGUAUCUUAAUAAGGUUUAUUAAGGAAUUUGCAGAGCUCAAAGUGAAUAAGAUAUUAAACCUAUUCAACUACUUAAUUGAACAAAAUGCACAGUAAGAUGAGAAGCUCUGAGCAUAACAGAGGACCGAGUCUGAAUUAAUCAAACUUGAAAACAGUAACUUGGGGAUGUCUACACUAGAGCAGCUAAGAGAGCUCAAUACUGUACAAGUUAGGCAGCAUAAAGGAGCUACAGUAAAGUUUUUACUUAGCAGGCCACAAAUGAUACUUUCGUCUUCAGUAUUGUGCGCUGUUAGCAAAAUACAGUCUGAGAAGCCCAUUCAGAAUUAGCAUCUGUAAAAAUAGAUGUUGGUUAUCCAUGCUGGUUUCACGUGGUAGUGCUAGGUUUUCUGAUUAAAUGUUACAGAACCUUAGUGUAGCUUCUGUGAGUCUGAUCUCAGAUAAAAUUUCCUCCAGAGAACAAGAUCUUUCAACUGCAACUGAUAUAGUGGUAAAAAUAUUGCAGGAGGAGGGCUCAAAUGGUUCUAGAUAUGACCAAAAAACCAAAACAUGGAACUACAGCAUAAGAAUGCUGGAGGGAAGAGAUGCUUUGGUGCUAGCAAGAAACAUCAAUUUUCUUUUGUAAUAGUUUAUGUUUGUAGUAGCACUUCACUUUUUGUAUCUGUAUCACUAACCACUGUUGUCUGGUGUGGAUUUUUUUUUUUUUUUUUUGGUAAAGUCAUAGAAAAAGCUGAGGAACUGUCCAAAAAAAUUUAAAAAAACCAAACCAAAUAAAAGGAUAGGGACAAGUAAUGACUUUAACUGAAACUUUCAUCUGCAUCUAUUAUCAAGGUCCUUGUGCUUCAGGCUAGAAUGUUCCAAAAGGUGUUCUAGCCAAUAAGUUCUAGGGCAAAACUUGGACCCUGUGUAGGGCAUAAAUAUGCUCGUUUUCCACAUGAAUGCAGUCAGCAAGCAGGUGAAUUUAUUAAUGGAUGUUUAAGAGUAGCCUACAGCAUUACUGCAGGGCUGUUGCGUAGGUACAGUUUUUCCUAUUGCAGUCUGAAGAAAAGCAUUCAGGUAUUAAUUAUCUGGUGAUGCAGAACACCUUACUUAGUGUGGGAAGAUUGUAUGAGUACUAGAAUUUGAUAUUUAAUUUGACUUUCUAGAGUACAGUAAAUAAAACACAUUAUCAUGCUAAUCUGUUUUAAGUUGUUUUGGUUUUUAUUCAGUUUAACAGUGUAAGUAACAGUUGAUUCUUUAAUGGGCUUGUGUCCCUUACAAAGAUGUUAAUGGGCAACAUACCUUAUGAAAACUGGAGAAGUAAGGGGAUUUGGAUAUUCUACUGCUUCACCAUUUGCUGCCUUAGUUUUAAGCCUUAAAUUACUUCAAGGAAAAAAGUAAAUCUAUGCAUCUUAGCACUACCAUAAAUACUUCUCCCUGUGCACAAUGUAACUCCAUGCACCUUCUGUUGCAUUUAAUAAAGAUCUAAGAAAUUGC